CGUCUGCGUGUGUUUGAAAUGGUCAGCAAUUGAAUCUUUCUCUCACACUCUCCUUUCGAUCAACCUACAUCAAGACAGAAAGCGGGCCCACUGCUUUGUGAAUGAAAAAACAGAUUCUCUUCCUUCCCCUUUCCCAACCUUAAAUCUCCCUCUUCCUCACAGCUUCUUGAUCAGCAACAAAAAUCUUUACCUUUCUUACAUAUAGAUAGCUUUAUCAUCUCUCUCUUUACAUUUAUAUCUCACUCAUCCACGCCCCCAGUCUGUCGUUUCUGGUCAUUUUCUAACCCCACAUUUUGUUCGUUUUCUCUGUUAUAGCAAGUGAUCUCACAAAACCCUGUUGCUAUUUCGGCUCGUUUAAUUUGAGCUCUAUUUAAAACUAGACAAAGAGUUCUCUUUCUUAAUAUGUUUGUUGCUUUUGAUUCUUCAAUCCAAAGCCUUACCAUAGCCUUUUUGUAUACCUCCUUUGCUCACAUAGCCAGGAUCUCAUUCUAGCUAUACUUGAGAGCGCAAAGCUCAGUUCUGUUGAUGGAAUAAACUUCCUCCGUCUUAUUACUUUGCACCUCAAUUGGACCCAAAUCCAUUCACAACUUAAAUCUUGAAAAGCACAGUUGUACUGCCCUUACUGCAUUUUCUGAAUGGGAAAGUCCAUGGAGUGGGAGCAAAAGACUCUAGUUAGUGAGCUAGCUCAAGGGAAAGAGCUAGCAAAACAGCUUAGGAACCAUCUUAACCCUUCCUCAUCCCUUGAAGCACGUCAAUUCCUGGUUGAGAAGAUACUUUUUUCUUACGAGAAAGCACUUUCAGUGCUAAAUCGCGGUGCUUUAGUUGCUGAUCAACCAAAGCCCACAAUUGGCAUAAUGGAAGCACCGCAUUCAUUUUCCAACAGUACUAGUCCUUGGAGUGAAGUCUCUGAUCAAGAUUGCAAGAAGGAAUGGAACAAAGAUGUUAACAAGAAGAGAAAGACACAAUCUCGACGGACCGAGCAAGUGAAGGUUUGUCCAGGGACUGGCCUAGAAGGACCACUUGAUGACGGUCACAGCUGGAGGAAAUACGGACAAAAAGAUAUUCUCGGAGCUAAUUUUCCAAGAGGAUACUACAGAUGCACUCACCGUCAUUCACAAGGUUGUCUGGCCACGAAGCAAGUGCAAAGAUCUGAUGAGAACCAUUCAGUUUUUGAAGUGACCUAUCGAGGGAGGCAUACAUGUAACCAAGUCUCUACUCCACCCGUGGCAUCACCUUCUCUGGAAAAUGGUUUCUCGAAACGAAGUAAAUAUCAUUGUCAGCAGCAGCAUGAAGAGAAACCAAAGCCAUCGAAGGAGAUAUCUCGUUACUUUGGAUUAGACUGUAAUCAAGUUAAAAACGAGGACUUGGGCUCCAAGGACGGCAUUUUCCCAUUCUUUUCCUUCCCAUGUACGUCAUCUGGGAAUGAAAACGAGGAAAACAAUAUUUUCACAGAGUCCAUGAUUGAAAACAGCUUCUUUGGUAGCUUUUCUCCAACAUUCAUAUCUCCUACAACAUCCGAAUCCAACUAUUUCUCAGUGUCACCAUGUCAUAUGAACAGCUUUGGAAUAGGUUCCCAAAAUGUGCAAACCCAAGGGUGUGAACUCACCACCGAGAAAAUCUCAGCCCCGACUUCGGUCACCAAUUCGCCAAUCAGAGAUUUGGAUAUCUCUAUCGAUUAUGUAGAUUUUGACACCACUUUCCCAUUUGACAAUCCGGAAUUCUUUGCUUAAUAGAGUUAGGGUGCGCGUUCAUUAUUCCUGCCUCGUCAUUAUUGGAAGAGAGAUGGUGUGUUCAAAGUCUCCUAUGGUGCUGGCCGAGAUAAUUUUCCCCUUUGAUCCGGUAGUGAAUUUUUUUUUUUU